GCAUGCAUCUCUUGAGCGCCAUUUUCGGUUUCUAUUGUAUGGAAAAUUCAAAGAAAUGGAUUAAACAAAAAUUAUGUAGAAUUACAGAGAGCAACAAAAAUGCCAGAAACGAUUGGUAGAUUUUGCUAGUUAUCCAUAUACACACAAUAACAAAAAUUCACUUUUCUGCUCAAAAGAAAUUAUUUCGGGUCAAUUUCAUGCCCCUCCUUGACCCGCACCCAAUCCUUGUAUGAUUAUUUGUAUUUGAGCAUUUUUUUUUGCUCGAUCUCGUUGCAUACAAAAACCUCAACUGAUUUUUGAUUUUUUCUGGGUGCGGGGCCUAGGUUUUGAUUUUUGAAUGACAUUGUAGAUUGUGAUUCAUUGAUUUUACAAUAUUUUGGGAGGUGGGUUUGAUUUAUCUAGUUUUUUAUUCGAUUAUUGCGGAAAAAAGAGUUUUUUUUUCUUUUUUCGAUUUAUGGUGUUUGAUGUUACUGUAAUUAAGUUUUUUUGCAUGAAUUUGGAGGUGGGUUUGAAAGAUUUGUUGUGAGUAAGGCAUUUGGAAGUGGAAAUUUUUUUUUUUUUUUGAAGAGUUGGAAGGUUAAAUGCAGAAUUUUUUUUGAUGUUUUUUUGUGCCCUUUGUGGAUUUGAGGCAUAAAGGGGUUUGUGGGGUUUAUCUAAUGAAAAAGAUUUUCUACUUCUUUGAUGCUGAUUCAAGGGCAAAUGGGUGUGAGAGGAGUAGUAGUUCAUUUCUUUGUGUUCUUCUUUAUGCUUUUGGUAGCAGUACUUGGAAGCAAGAAGGACUCAGAUCUCAUCAACUCUCCUCAGAUUAAUAGGGACAUGGCUGAGCUAUUGUGGUUGAACUGUAGGAUAGAGUUAACACGAGCUAAUAAAGCUGUUGAAGAUCUCGAGUAUUAUGUCGCGGAGGAAGUUUUAAGUGUGAGAGACAAAGUCCUCCUAAAAAGUAGCUCAGAAAAACAUAAGCAUAUCGGUGACUUGCAUCCGCUGGUUAAGCAAGCUCUUCUAGGUUGUUUGAGGGAAAAAAAUCUCUUGUUUCUUAUAUCCGGAGAGGAGAAGGGCUCGCCAAAUUGGUAUGCCAGGUGUGUAGAGUUUCUCUCCUCCUUGCACGGAGCUCCUAAACGACGCAUAUUGAAAGCAGCACCUAAUCCUCCUCCUGCCUCUCCUAAGUCAAAGCCAGCUAAAUCACAAGACUCAAAAAAGAAAUCCUCAGCUAAAGACAGUAAGAAAGCAAACACGGUUGGAGUUCCAAUUAUAGCCGCUGCUGCCGCAAUAUCCCUUCUCAUAGCACUUCUAUGCAUAUGCUGUUGUUGUAAGUGCUGUAGGAGAUCCAAAAAGGGUUUGAAUGAUGAGAGACCUCUUCUUAGCUUAAGCUCGAGUGACUAUUCAUCACAUAAGUCAUCUGCUUUAGGAUCUUCAUUCAAUAAUGCCGGAAAUCAUUCAUUCACUAAUGCUGGAAAUCAUUCAUUCAAUAACAAUCCCAAUGAUGAUUCUAAAAUUGAGAUUCGAAGGACGGGACCAGCUGGAAUGCCUCCACUGAAACCUCCCCCUGGUAGGGCGGUUCAUUCUGAAGCCCCUUCCCCACCUGCACCUCCGCCUCCUGCAAAGCCAACAACUCCUGCACCUGCUGCACCACCUCCACCACCAGGAAAGCCUUCAUCUGUUGGCCCAAGUCCUCCUAAAGCUGGCCCUCCUCCACCACCACCUAUGAAGCCUGGCCCUCGAGCACCACCUCGGCCACCUUCCAUGGGCUUGAAGCCACCUCGAACAUCACCUCUUGGACCAAAUGCAUCCACAAGUGCUUCAGCUGAGGGAGAAGAUACCGAUCCCAAAACUAAGCUUAAGCCUUUCUUCUGGGAUAAGGUUCAAGCCAACACUGACCAAUCAAUGGUUUGGCAUCAGGUCAAGGCAGGAUCUUUCCAGUUCGAUGAAGAGCAGAUAGAGACUCUAUUUGGAUUUGCCUCUGCUGAAAAAAAGAAGAAUGGGUCAAAGAAAGACUCCUCCCAAGAUCCUUCCAAUCUAUAUAUUCAAAUCAUUGACCAGAAGAAGGCUCAAAAUUUGUCUAUUCUUCUUAAAGCGUUGAACGUUACAACUGAAGAAGUUUGUGAUGCACUGAAAGAAGGAAAUGAGCUUCCUGCUGAACUCAUUCAAACUUUGAUAAAGAUGGCACCAACUGCUGAGGAAGAACUGAAGCUGAGGGUCUACAAUGGGGAACUUUCUCGGCUUGGGCAGGCAGAGAGGUUCCUGAAAUCUUUGGUUGAGGUUCCAUUUGCAUUCAAAAGGCUAGAGACAUUGCUUUUCAUGUGCACUCUUCAGGAUGAGGCGUCACUGAUCAAAGAAUCAUUUGCCACCUUGGAGGCUGCUAGCAUAGAACUACGGAAUAGCAGGCUGUUUCUCAAGCUCCUUGAGGCUGUUUUAAAAACUGGCAAUCGGAUGAACGAUGGAACGUUUCGUGGUGGUGCACAAGCAUUUAAGCUUGACACGCUUCUGAAAUUAUCAGAUGUAAAAGGAAUAGACGGGAAAACUACAUUGUUACAUUUUGUUGUUCAGGAGAUAAUCCGCUCAGAAGGUAUACGAGCUGCUCGUGCUGCUAGGGAUCAACGGAGCUUGUCUAGCAUCAAGUCUGAUGAUCUACUCGAGGAUUUGCCUCAAGAUCAAGAAGAUCAGUAUCGAAAUACCGGUUUACAAGUUGUCUCCGGUUUGAGUAGUGAUCUUGGAAAUGUGAAGAAAGCUGCAAUUCUGGACGCAGAUAACUUAACAGGCAUAGUGUCCAAACUUGGCCAUGCACUUAUAAAAGCACGUGAGUUCCUGAAUUCAGAAAUGAAAAAUGUAGAUGAGGAAGAGGGGUUUCACCAGACCAUGAAGAACUUUGUGCAGAAUGCUGAGGGUGAUAUCAUGUCAUUACUUGAGGAAGAAAAGCGAAUAAUGGCUCUGGUUAAGAGCACAGGUGAUUAUUUCCAUGGAAAUGCUAAGAGGGAUGAAGGUUUGCGAUUAUUUGUGAUCGUUAGAGAUUUUCUAGUUAUUUUGGAUAAGGUAUGCAGAGAGGUAAAAAAUGCUCCAAGAAAGAUAAAUAGCACACCAAGGAGAGAAAAUGUAACUCUUACAACUUCAGAAUCCACCCUUUCACAGCGACCUGAUCAAUCCGUCCCUUCACCACGACCUGAUCAAUCCGUCCCUUCACAGCGACCUGAUCAAUCCGUCCCUUCACCGCGACCUGAUCAAUCCGUCCCUUCAGCACUACCCCAUCAAGCCAUCCCUUCAGCACGACCUGAUCAGCGUCAGAAGCUUUUCCCGGCUAUUGCAGACCGGCGAAUUGAUGAUUUUAGUUCAGACGAUGACAGUCCUUAAAUACAUUUUUCUCACCAAGUACAAGGGAUGUGACUUCUGAGUAGAACAACACAAGCAAGCAAGUUGGGGUCGGGUAUAUGGAUCCUUACUGUCCAUGCAUGUUGGUUCCAUUUAUGGUCGAAGAAAAUGGGUUAGAAUAUUCUUUCAUUUUAGAAGCCAGGCAUGGUAGAACCCGGAAGAGAUCGACUCGUUGCUAACUUGAGGGGAGCAGAGACCUGACAAACGCUACGGUUUCAGAGAUGAUCUGCUACAUGCAUGGUUCUGCAUCAAUUGCAGCUCCACUUGUACUUAAAAAGUAGUUGCUAGGAUCAUUCUUUUUGUUCUUGUAAUUAUUUCUUGUCGAUUUUGCUGAUAAUUCUUUGUUCGAAUGGAACUAGUCCUAUGCAGUGUUGUUAUCAAGAAAGAAAACGUAGAUGGUUUGUUACAUCACACAAAAUUGUUUGAA